CGUCCCUUUACGCAAUCAUAACAAACAUGUCGAGUUACAGACAGUUCGGGAGGCUUUUGGCUUUAUCUGCAAGACUUUCACACCCUCUUGCUGCCGGUGGAUGUCAGAGCAGUGGAUUACACUGGCCUUCACAUACCAUCAGAGUCUCAAACAGAUGGCCACAGAACCCCCUCUGGGCUGUUCCUGGAAGAACCAUGUUUGUGCAGACUCAAGACACACCAAACCCAAACAGUAUGAAGUUCCUACCUGGCCGAACAGUUCUUGAAGCAGGAACUAUGAAUUUUGCCGGCCCGCGUGACGCUUUCUGCUCACCCUUAGCCAGGCAGCUCUUUAGGAUUGAUGGGGUCAAAAGUGUCUUCCUGGGCCCGGACUUCAUCACCAUCACAAAGUCUGAUUCUAAUAUGGAAUGGAAAGUGAUCAAACCGGAUGUAUAUGCUGCCAUUAUGGACUUUUUCACCUCCGGACUCCCUGUUGUGAACGAGGACAGUCAGCCCAGCGCAGAUACAGCACCGUCAGAUGACGACGAUGAGGUGGUCGCUAUGAUUAAAGAACUUCUGGACACUCGAAUAAGGCCCACGGUGCAGGAAGACGGCGGCGAUGUCCUGUACCGAGGCUUUGAAGAUGGCGUGGUUAAAUUGAAGUUGCAGGGAUCUUGCACCAGCUGUCCCAGUUCCAUCGUGACUUUGAAGAGCGGAAUCCAAAACAUGCUGCAGUUUUACGUCCCGGAAGUUGAAUCAGUGGAGCAGGUAAAGGAUGAGGAUGAAGAGGAGGCAGCCCAAGUCUGAACUCCUGAAACAAGAGCCAUCUCCGCACAUUCCUGUUUCUCCCAAGCCAGCUGCUUCACCGCGAACUAUAGGAGCAAUAAAGCGAGAGGAUGUUUGGCACAGCUGUGUAAAUCAUUGCAAUAAAACCAGAUGCUGUCAUUGGUUUUUGGUAGCCGUUUCCCUCAAGGACAAGGUUUCAUAAACUGUGGGACGGAAACGCUCCGUUAUAACGACAGAUGGCUCAAGAGCAGGAAUAAAAUGUAUUUAUUAUUUGGCAUUGUUACAUAUCUGCUGAAUCAGUCACGCCAGUCUCUAGGUUUAUAUACUGUAUGUACAUGAAUAAAGCUUCUUAAAUUGUA